GUGGCACUAGGGCAACGAUCCAUGGGACAGAGGUUUCGCCACUGGGUGGGGGUGAAAACCGGCUUCUUCGUACCCCGCAGGUUGGUGCCAGAAGGGCGACGCUUGCGCCGCCGACGGCGAGGGCAGGCAGUAUGCGGCCGAGCGCCAGUCUGGUUGCGCCAAUCAGGCGCGUGUCCGAGGCACUGGGGCCGCGGCGGGCGACAGUAGCAGCAGCGGCAGCGGCAGCGCCAGACACCAAGGCAGAGCCCCCGCAGGCGCCCUCGGCCCCGGAGGAGGUCGAGAGCGAGCGAGGCCGAGGCCGAAGCCAAGCCCGAAGCCGGGGACGCCAGCGACGCCAUGCAGGUGGACGAGCCGGUGCGUAUGGCCUACCAGCCGGCGCUAAGCAUGGACGAGUCGUCAGCGCAGGGCGCGUCGGCACCAGCAUCGGCACCGUCGCUUCACGCGCAAACCGUGCCGAUGAAGGAGUUCGAGGAGCUGCGGCUCAAGUACCGGUUCCUGGAGCAAAAGCGGUCGGAAGACCGGCAGCGCAUCCAAGAGGCCGACGCCGUGCGCGCCGAGGCCGAGCAGGCGCUGCGCGCACGCGACCGGCUCGCAGCCAAAGUGCAGGCGCUGCAGGAGGAGGCGCGCACACUGCGCGCGCGCACCAAGCAGCUCGAGUCCGAGCACAGCGACCUGGAGGCGCGCGCAGCCGAGCUUGCCGACGCCAUGGAGAUGCAGACGGUGGACCGCGAGAUGGCCGAGGAGCGCGCCGAGUCCCUGGCACUGGAGGCCGCGGCGCUGCGCGAGCAGCUGGACGAAACCACGACGAGCCUCGAGGUCUACCGCGCGGCCGACGGCAGCGGCGCGCUGGCGGAUGUGCAGCUGCGCGCGCAGAACGAGCGGCUGACGGGCGCGCUGCUCAAGCUGCGCGACCAGGCUUCGGAGACCGAGGCGCAGCUGGCGCAGCGCGUGCGCGCGCUGGAGCGCGAGGCGGCGCUGGCCAGCGAUGCGGCCGAGGAGGCCGAGCGGCUGCGCGUGCGCGCGGACGCGGCCGAGGCGCAGGUCGAGGAUCUGCGCGAGCGGCUGGACGAGGCGCUGGGCGCCGACGAGCUGAUCGAGGACCUGUCUGCGCGCAACCUGGACCUGGGCGCGCGCGUCGAGGAGCUGCAGGCGGCGGUCGAGAGCCUCGAGGCGCUGUGCGAGGUCAACAACGAAAUGGAGGAGACGCGCGCCGAGGAGGAGCAGGGCCUGCGCGACGAGGCCGCGCGCCUGGGCGUUGCCGCCAGCGACCGCAUGCGCCGCGCCGAGCGGCUCGAGGAGCCGUGGCCGACGCGCAGCUGACAAUCAGGCAGUACCGUGAGCUCGUCGCCAGCCUCCAGGCCGACCUGCAGCGCAUGCGCGACGCGGCGCAGACGCAGGCGUCGGAGGCGGCGGUGAUGACGUCGGCCACGCAGGAGGCGCUGAGCCGCAACCUGCAGCUGCGCUCGUCGGCUGUGCGCACGCGCGCGGCGCCGUCGACCUGGAGCUGCGGCGGCUGGACGCCGACCAGGCGGCCGAGCAGCUACGCAUGACCGAGCCGUUCGUGCCCGACGCGUUCUUUGCGGCGGGCGAGGCGGCGGCGCUGCGCACGCUGCUGGCGUUCCGGCGGCUGGCGGCCAAGGCGGACAUCCUGUGCGGCCAGCUCGAGUCGGACGAGCGCGCGGGCGCCGUCAGCGACGACUUCGUGGC